AUGAAGAAACGUGUGCUCCAAGUACUUGGCUUCUUGAUUUCAUCACUGGGAUGGCUGUUUGUGCUGUGCACCAUGGCCAUGGACUUUUGGAGGAUCACGCAAUUAGGAGGACAAGGGGGCUCCUUUAUCAUCAAAGUGGCCUGGUACUGGUCCAAUUUAUGGAAGGAUUGUUUCACCGAUUCCACAGCCGUCACCAACUGUAGAGACUUCCCUGUGCUUUGGACUGUCACCCCUUUUGUCCAGGCAGUACGAGGAUUGCUAAUGUGCGGGUUGACUCUUGGUUUUUUUGGUGUUGUACUUUGUUUUGUCGGGAUGGAGUGCACUUAUAUCGGUGGAGCUGAGAAAACCAAGGACAAACUGCUUUUUGCCGGAGCAGUGUUUCAUAUUGCUGGCUGUGUGUCAGAUAUUUCCGCCUACUGCUUAUACAUCAACAGGGUUGCCAGAACAACCUUUGCGCAGAGCGUGGGGCCAGGAGUCUUACGGUAUGACCUGGGAACUCCCAUAUUUCUCGGAUUGGUGGGAUGUUUUUUGAUCCUUCUAGGGGGGAUGUUUUACGCUGUGACCGUCUACCGGGUGCUUGUCCCAGAAAGUAAAGUGGUAUAUGCCUAUGGGGGAGGCACGUACAUGGCCCCUCGCUCCGGAAGAAGAACCCUGUACACCGGAUACUACAGACCCCCCAGGCAGUAUGGCUCUUAUUUGGGCUCAGGUCCAUCCAACAGCUCCAAGAUCUCAAAGCUCUCUCAGACAACGCUCAUAAAAAUCUCAGAAAGAGAUGCAUUUGUUUAGUUCCACAAAGCUCUUUUUUUAUGUAUAGUUUCACUAACAAUCAGAAUAUUGCAUACUGUAGAUAAAAUGAAAACCCCUCUGCUUUCUCUUCAGAGCAUCAUGUAUAAUUGUAUUUUGUUGUUAUUGCUGUUGUUGUUUUAAUGAUCUUGUCAAGUUUUGUUUUUUGGAAAACAGGUCAUACUCUGUAUAGAAUACGCUGUCUUGUGUUUACUCAUUGAUGUUGUUCACUUCCGUGCUCAUUGUUAACUUUGUUGUGAUUUAACCAAAGCGUGGAUUACUAUUGAUGACGCCAUUGGAAUAUUUCUAAAUUGAUACAGUAAAAAUGCUAAUAUGAAUGGCAAUGAGAAAGUGCAUAUUUUCACUUAUUUUAGUUUGGAUGAGGAAUUACUUGGUGAGUACACCGUUAUCUCAACUGUUUAAAGUGACAGCCAAUUACAAAAAUAAGACCUAAGUUUUAUUAAAGUGAUAUUAUCCUU